AUGACAUAUCGUUCAACCGAAUCCCGUCAUGGCAGCAGUCGUCAAGCUGUACAUCUUCACGGGUCAAGCCGAGUCGGCCCCUCUUUCGCUUCGGCAAUUAGGUACCCUUUCAGCCUGCACAUCUGCUCCAGAAAGUCACCAAAGUAUCAUUUCGACCCUCAGACUUCGGUGACCUCCGAUGCCAGUAUUCGUCAGAGCAGACGGCCACUUGUAGCCCAAAUGAUGCCAGUCUUACUUGCAGAUUAA